AUGCCCCAUCUCGAGGCGAGAGAAGGAUUCAAGUUCUUCCAUUAUACUCCGAAUCUCGGUGCAGCAGUGGUGUUUAUUAUCUGCUUCGUCGCCACGACCAUUUUCCACACAUAUCAGCUGUUCCGCACGCGAACAUGGUUCUUCAUCGCCUUUGUCCUCGGGGGAUACUUUGAAUGGAUUGGCUACUGCGCACGAGCAGUUGCAGCCAACCAAUCCCCCGACUGGACUCUCGGUCCCUUCAUUGUGCAAUCCGUUCUUCCUCUUGUGGCCCCCGCCCUCUUCGCCGCCAGUAUAUACAUGGAGCUAGGUCGUCUCAUUGUGGUCCUCCACGCCGAGAAACACAGCCUAAUCAGGGUCAAAUGGAUGACCAAGAUCUUCGUGACGGGCGAUGUUCUCUCCUUUCUCCUCCAAGCAGCCGGUGCCGGGCUCAUGGGCAUGAAGUCCAAAAUGGCCGAAAACGGACCCAACAUCAUCAUCGGCGGUCUUGUCAUCCAAGUCCUCUUCUUCGGCUUCUUCAUGAUUUCCUCCGCUGUGUUCCACACGCGCAUGCAUCGGGAUCCGACGCCAUACUCGCUUUCCAUUCCCCUCCGCUGGACGGAGAUCAUCUAUGUGCUGUACGCGGCUAGUCUGUUGAUCCUGGUGCGGUCGAUCUUCCGGUUGAUUGAGUAUGCACAGGGGAAUGACGGGUACUUGAUUUCUCACGAGGUGUUUUUGUAUAUAUUUGAUGCGCUGCUGAUGUUUGCGACGAUGUUAGUGUUUCAUGUGGUGCAUCCAAGUGAGUUGAAUGUUUGGUUGAAGGGGAAGGGGGUUUACACGAGGGGCAUCAAGGUUGAGAAGUUUGUCGGGAAUGGGGAGUUUGCUUAG